AAACCACAGAGAGAGAGAGAGAGAAAGGGAACGACUUUUAGAGAGAGAAUCGAAGAGACCUAGAGAUUCUUAUUCUGAGAUGGGGAAAAAGUUUUCUACAAACAGAGAGUAGUUGAUCGACCGCCAUUGUGGCCUCCAAUUCCGGAGAAAUUUUUCAUAAUUUUGUAUGAUUGUCGAUUUCGGUAAUUAGGUUUUUGUUGAGAUCUAACUUCGAUCGCGCUUUGAGUUUUUUUGAAAAAACUGUUAGAGCUUUGGUUUCUUCGACGAUUCUGCGAUUAAAGAAGGCUGUGUGAGUUUUUCAUUCGAGGAAUCGCGGAAUUAUUCUGAUUUUCGACGUUGAAGCUGGGAUUAAUCUGUGGAUUUGGAAGAAAUUUAGAAAUUGAGAGAGAGAGUUUAAGACGAAUGAUGUGGACCUUAAUACCAGUUGGUUGGUGAUGUAGUAUGGGCCUGGUUGUCACACGCAAAGAAGAUGUCUCUUUACAUUAGUCGCGAGGCUUCCAAGUUAUGGAAAAGAGUUUAUUCGGAGACUGCAACAGAAAUCAACCUUCUUGCCGAGAACUGGAAGUAUAUUGUUGCCGGUGUUGUCUGCCAGUAUAUUCAUGGUCUGGCUGCAAAAGGAGUUCAUUAUUUUCAUCGGCCAGGGCCAAUACUUCAGGAUGCUGGGUUCUUUCUUCUUCCGGAGCUUGGGCAAGACAAAGCUUACAUGAGUGAGAGUGUCUUCACCUUCAUCUUUCUAUCCUUUGUCAUGUGGACUUUCCAUCCUUUCUUUUUCAAGAGCAAAAAGAUCUACACAGUUCUAGUGUGGUGCAGGGUCCUGGCAUUUUUAUUUGCUUGUCAAAUUCUCCGGAUCAUAACAUUUUAUUCUACUCAGCUUCCUGGUCCAAACUAUCACUGCCGUGAGGGUUCGAAGCUUGCCAGGCUGCCUCGUCCAGACAGUGUACUGGAAGUCUUAUUAAUUAAUUUCCCUCGGGGUGUGCUUUAUGGUUGUGGGGAUUUGAUAUUUUCGUCUCAUAUGAUCUUCUCUCUAGUUUUUGUGCGAACAUAUCAGAAAUAUGGCAUGCAUAGGUUCAUAAAGCAGUGUGCUUGGUUAAUUGUAGUAAUUCAGAGCUUGUUGAUUAUUGCUUCCCGUAAACAUUACACGGUCGACAUCGUUGUGGCCUGGUAUACCGUUAAUUUGGUAGUGUUCUUUGUUGACCAUAAAUUGCCAGAUAUGCCUGACCGUAGUGGGGCGUUCUUCCUACCGUUGAGCAAGGACAGCAGGGCUAAAGAAGAGAAUCACAAGCCCUUGAAUGGGAAUGCUGGUGAUCCUGCGGAUUGGAGGCCGAGAACUCAAGCCAAUGGCAAGAUUCUGGAAGACGGCAACACCAUACAUGCAGAGACGGUGAUGAAUGGUGUAUAGAUGAUAAUAGUUUGGUUCGUUGCCACUAUUUAAGAUGCUACAAGGACUGCCAUUGCUACUUGUACAACUUUGGGUCUAAAGAGUCAUUGCUCUGUUUCGGGAGAAGACUGGCAAACUUGUAUUGUAGAAGAUGGAAUUCGGUGUUGGCGCUUUGCAACUUUUUAGGAUAUUGCUUCUAAUGGUUGGCUGAUGCCCCAUUCAUUUCAUAAAGCACCUGCAUGUAAUGUUGGAAUUUCAGUGUUUCUAUAUCUAAUCAUUUUUC